AUGCCAAAACUCGCAGCAAGACUCAGGAAGUCGACGAAACAGCUAUAUUCGAAAAUCGAUUCCGAAGGGCCUAAAAACGGAAAGUCCAAAAAGAGUAGAGAGAGUUUGGAGGACCUAGAUGUUGACAGCAGCAGGGACUCAAUGGCCGUUGAUGAAGAGGAACAACCGCAAUGUUUGCAUUCAGACUGGCCUAGAGCACCCCGUCCUCGUCCUCGUUAUCACAGCACAGUCAGCACCCGUUCUGAUGCACUUGGACGCCUAAAAACGACCGGUAGAACGGUAGAAUCCGAUAAAUUUGAUUCAGAAUCAGAAUCCGCUCAUUUCUCUUCGCGUCCUCGGUCCUCCCACCGCUCGCUCCAUACAGCAACAUUGCAUGGCAUCAGGGUUCAUCAUAGAAUACGGCAAAGCCUCGUAAAACCAUUUCAGGAUAUCAAAUUCCGAGUACACGAACUUCAGGUCCAGACUAGGAGGAAAUGUCGGAGGUUACGGUUACGAGCAGACUCUCUCUUGGGACGAACGAUCGAGGUAGCUUUGCGCCCGUGGCAAGCAGUCCAAGGAUGCUUGUAUGGUUUACUACUGGUUUGCUUUGGUGUGGCGGAAAUUCUUUUUAGUAUCAUUUUCACGAUCCUCUACAAAACGCUGAAAGUGGUCGUAACGACUCUCCUGAUUCCUGUUAUCAUCGUCAUUACAAUCAUCAAUGCCCUUAGGUGUCAGUAA